UUCAAAACCAAGUCAUCGAUCUUUCUAAGAAAAUUUCUUCAUUCUCUCUCUCUCUCUCUCUUACAUGAGACACAAGAACAGAGCAAUGGAACUAGAAAUGGAGGAAGAGAAAAUGGAUAUCUAUUCAGAGACCAACAAGUUACUCAAUAAUCACUAUUCAAAACCCAUCAAGAGUGGUUUCAAGACCUUGCCACUCAUCAUAGUAAAUGAAUCGCUAGAGAAAGUUGCGAGCUAUGGGUUGAUGCCCAACAUGAUUUUCUACUUAAUUAGGGUUUAUCACAUGGAAAUUGUUACUGGGUCGAUCGUGCUCUCUCUCUGGUCAGCUACUUCCAAUGCUUUGGGAAUUUUCGGAGCUGUUCUCUCGGAUUCUUACUUGGGUCGGUUCCGGGUCAUUGUUAUUGGAUCCAUCUCUAGCCUCCUUGGAAUGACUUUUCUUUGGUUAACUGCCACGAUUCCACAUUUGAAACCUCCGCCUUGUGAACAGCUCAAGCACAAUUGCAACUCUCCAACAACAGCCCAACUUGCUGUAUUGUUCUCUUCUUUUGGGCUAAUCUCCAUUGGUGCUGGUUGCAUUAGACCUUGUUCUAUAGCCUUUGGUGCAGACCAAUUGGACGAUAAAGAAAACCCCAAUAAUGAGAGGAAUUUACAGAGCUUCCUUUACUGGUAUUAUGCUUCGGGUGGACUCUCUGCAGUUGUUGCUUUAACUGUUAUCGUAUACAUUCAAGAUCAUUGGGGUUGGCAAGUUGGGUUCGGAGUCCCUGCUAUCCUCAUGGCUCUCUCUACUCUAGUAUUCUUAAUGGGUUCUUCUAUUUAUGUUAAAGUUAAACCUAGCCAGAGCUUGUUCACUGGAUUUGUUCAAGUUCUAGUUGUGGCAUUUAGAAAGAGAAAACUCAGUCUCCAUCCAAGUGAUUAUGAUGACUCUCAGAACUUUGAAUUGAAGCUCCUUUCAUCAUCUGACAACUUAAGGUAUUGUCAUCAUCAUCAGCUUUGCUACAAUGAACUGUUGUGGGGAACAUUUUUAAUUAUAUACAUGAAGCUCCUCAUUACAUUGGUUUCUUCUUGUGAUGUGCUUUAUCUUAUUUUUAUCCUGUGUGAUACAAUUACUUUUAAUAGCAAUACAUUGCAGCUGAUAUUUGAUUAAAAAUUUUUUUUUAAUUUAACUGAGCAUAUAGCCCUUGACAAGGUGGAAUGGCAAAAAAGAAUUUAUGUAGCUGACCCCACUUGGUUGGGACAUAAGGUUUAGUUUGGUUUAAUUUAUUGUAGCUGAGUUCUUAAUUAUUAGUGGAAAUUGAUUGAUUGCUAAAACAUUUAGAGCAAAAUCCAUUUUACACCCGUUGUGGUAU